CGGAGGAUCACAUAUUUGGGGUCAGAAGCGAACAACCAACUCGAAGCAUGACCUUCCCGCACGUGAACACGACAGAGGGCCCCGUGGAGCUCCCAAUGGAGCACAAGACCAAGGAGCAUCGCUUCGAGCCAUAUGAUUUCAACGGAGGCACGGUGCUUGCGGUGGCCGGCAAGGACUUUGUGGUCGUGGCCGGCGACACGCGGUUGAGCACGGGGUACUCGAUCCUGUCCCGCGACGAGACCAAGAUCCACGAAGUGGCCCCCAACGUGCUGCUGGCGAGUCCGGGGAGUUUCAACGACGUGGUGCAGCUUCGCGGAGUGCUGGGUAUCCGUUCGCAAAUGUACCAGCAUGACAACGAACAGCCCCCGACGAUUGAAGCCAUGGCGCAGCUGCUCAUGAACACGCUGUACCAACGCCGGUUCUUCCCAUACUACUCGUUCUGCCUCUUGUGCGGCAUCACGAAGGACGGAAAGGGUGCCGUGUAUGAAUAUGAUGCGGUGGGAAGCCACAAGAACACGUCGCGCGGCGCGCAAGGCAGCGGCGGGCACCUCAUGAUGCCUCUAUUGGACAACUUGGUGACCCACGAGGGCCGAAGCGACCCCCUCGUGGACCUGACGAUCGAACAGACCAAGAUGAUAAUCAAGGACGCGUUUGUCACCGCCGGUGAGCGCGACAUCUACACGGGCGACAAGGUCGAAAUCUUUGUCAUCACAGCGCACGGCACGACCAAGGAAGAGUUCUUGUUGAAGCAAGAUUAGGUGCUCGUCUUCCCAAUCGACUAAGAGCAUAAAUAUUGGAUGUGCUUGACGCCGUUCGUUGGUUGGUGUAACGUCGUCGCAUGUAACCCCCUUGCAAUGCCAUUCCGAG